AUGGCCACCGCGAUGGGCAAACGCCUUGACGGCAAGACGAUCCUAGUGACCGGAGCAUCGUCUGGCAUCGGCAAGGCCACCGCGCUGGAAUUCGCGCGAACGUCGCCGAAGAACCUGAAACUCAUCCUGACUGCUCGGCGAUUCGACUCGCUCAAGCAGGUUGCCGAGCAGAUCAAGACGGAGGUAGGGGAGGGUGUCAAGGUGCUUCCGGUGCAGCUUGACGUCAGCAAGAAGGAGAACAUCGACAAGUUCAUCGUCGAGCUGCCGGAGGAGUUCAAGGAGAUCGAUAUCCUAGUGAACAAUGCAGGAGUAGCAAAGGCCCCUGAGAUCGCCACGGAAGAUCUGGAGGUGAUGUUCAACACCAAUGUCCAUGGCUUGAUCCACAUGACUCAGGCUGUGCUACCUAUCUUCCAGAAGAGGCCAAACGGUGGACGGGGAGACAUCAUCAAUCUCGGAAGCAUUGCUGGCCGAGAGGCGUACCCCGGCGGCAGCAUCUACUGCGCUACCAAGGCGGCGGUCCGAAGCUUCACCGACGCUCUCCGGAAGGAACUCAUCGCUACUCGCAUCAGGGUUAUUGAAAUUGAUCCCGGCCAAGUUGAAACUGUAAGGAUCUAA